CGUAUGAACAGCAGAUGAUAAGAGAGCCGACUGGAGCCGACAGAGCUGGAUAGGGUGGAGACGGUGGAGAAGAGUGGGGGAGUGGAAUGUGCUGAUAAGGCGGUUCAGGUUGAGAAAGUGUGAUGUAUAGCCCUACAAUGAGUAAAGGCAUGCUGACAGAAGCAUCUGCUCCAAUAGUGGAGGAAGAUCGUCUAGUGGGACACCAUCAGCCUCCUCCUCCACCAAGUUAUGAUCAAACAAUGGGACAAGGAGUCCUUGUACCCCCUCCAUCACAGCCAGCAGUUGCACCAUACCCACAGCAGAACUUAAACAUGGGUGCUGGCAUGGUUUGUCCUCCAGUACAACAGCAACACAUGCUCCCUCCACCUCACCCUGCUCCAGUUAUAAUUCAGGCCACUACACCUGGUAUCAUGCCUGUGGGUCCAAAGCCAUCCAACAUGCGUUGCCCAGCUUGCCACAGUAAUAUCAGAACAACAACAGAGUCUCAAAGUCAGUCCUGUGCUCAUAUUGCUUGUAUUAUUAUGUUCUUGCUGGGGUGCUGCUUGUGUUCAUGCAUCCCAUACUGCAUGGAUUCCUGCAAGAAUGUGAGACACACCUGCCCAAACUGCAAGACCUUCCUUGGGAUGUACAAGCCAUAAUCAUUGCUGGCCCAGAAUUGCGAAUUAUCCAGAGAUGAGGCUCAUAAGUGACAAUUCAAUGGCAGUAAUGUAAGACACAAGUAUUUUAGGAAGACGUGGAAUUUUGUCCAGCAAGUAACCUAUAGGAAGUAUUACAGUUUGUAGAAUUUAGGUUUGAUGAUAGUAAAUCUGGAAGUUACCAUAUUUAACUGAAUGUAAGAUGGUGCAUGAUGUGAAUGCAAGGUCACCUUUGUCUUCAGUUUUGCAUUAAGUGGCCAGUAUUAUGCUGGGUUUCAUUGGCAUUGUUCUUCCCGCUUAACAUAAUGCCAUAGGAUGGAGAACAAACCAGUUUUCUUCAUAUUUGCUGCUACAUUUUAUGUAAUAAAUAAGAAAAUAUAGAACAAAGGAAGUUUUGAGCAUUUUUUAAAUAGGAAAAUUGGUAUGAGCAAGGUUUCACUUUCUAGGAGAUUUGUGAUAAUCCUGAGAAGGUACAAAAUAUCCAGCAUUUUAAAAUUGGUUCUGUAUUAGGGACCCUUAGGGUACUGCAGUACAUGAGACCGAAUAUUAGUAUAUUUCAUGCCUUCUGAGGUGUUGAUUUGUAUUGUUCCUCUUUUAAGCAGCACAACUAAAAACUUAGGGAUGUGUGUAAAUAAGGCGGUAGGAGCAUUUUCUGUCAUACAUAUGGUAAUGUUCUUAUUUCCUAGAGAAUGUGGUAUGCUUGGCUUUCAGUAUGCAGGACACAUUAGCCUUGAACAUGCACAUGAGUGACUUUGUAUUCAUAUUAGAGCGUUUUGACAUGCAUAUGUGUAUAAUCAGUCCUUUCCUGCCUCUGUACUACAGCUUGUUUGACAGACUGAUUCACAUGCCUUUUAUAAAAUGUGUGUAUCUUAUGCUUUCUUUCAAACUCUACUUUGUAAUUCUGCAAGCAAAUUUUCAGUUCAGCAUUUAACAUGAUGUUACAUUUUGUUUUAAUUCAAUGGUAAUGUUCAGUUCAGUGACAAAGUUGCUGGUAACAUAUGACUGAAACCGUGACUGAUUUUGUAUGUUCUUGAUACUGUCAGUGGCAUUAAAUAAACAACUUAAACAAUUGAAACCCUGACAGGAAAGCUAAGAAAACAAAAUUACAACAUAUCGUGAAAUAAAGAGCAUUUACUUUUUUGAUCAAAAUAUAUUUUAUUACGAGUUUGCAUUAUAAUGUAAUUUUGAAAAGGUAGGUAGUGUUAAGAUAAUUGUCUCUUAGUAAUGAUUUCUCUAAAUAUACUGGGUGAUUAAAAGUCCUAUGACCAAACUUUCAGAGGUUGGGGAAAUAAUUUGAAGCAGAAGGAGUAAAUAAAUUGUGUGUUCAGUUCCCUCCCAUGUCUCGUUAACAUUUCGCAUGGCUGUAUCAUUAGAAACACUGAAGUGGGUUCAGGUAAGGAGAACGUGGAAGCCAGGCAGUCUGAUGUGUAUGACCAAGCCAUAUAUCCAAAAAAUGGUAAUUAAUUAUGCACUUAGCAUGAAAAGCCAUAAGGGGUGCUCUGCUUGCCAUCAUGAACAUAAGGGGUUUAACCACCAAUAAAAGAGGAAGCAUGAUUUGAAUGAAGUCAAUGUACUGGAUUCCACCAAGGUGAUAUACUGUUACAUAUGGUCUGUUUAUGUGAUAUACAAUUCUGGCCCACACACUGAUACUAAAUCUUUGUUGAAAUUAGAGUGUGUUGAAUAGCAUGAGGAUUCUUCAGUGCCCUUUCCUAUAGAUUUUGAAAACUGUGAAUACCACCUCAUCAAUCCACAAUACACAGCAAAUUGAGGGUUCUGCAUUUUGUGUAGAAGCCAUGGAGGCAGAUAUUGUCCCUGGCUGUAGCUUUGGUUUACAUGAAAAGUCUGCAGCUGGUGCUCAUGCAUUGUAUUCAAAGCAGCUGUGAGAGAAAUGUGUUUCAUAUGUGACUUGACUGAUGUUACCCUGUGGAUUAGCAUCCAUUAUGGACAGACCCAAGAGAAUCAAUAACCACUUCAGAGUUUUUAUGUACCAUGUGUUCAUGUCUGGAAGGUACUUUGCACUGAGGUGUGUUGCUCUGUAGGCUAGCUGUUUAAAUCCUUCCAGUCAAAGCUAUUGAUGCUCUUUUAUUUGAGACAACGUACUUGGUUGAUGCCAGUAUUGACUUCUCUGUUUAGGUUCCUGAUCAUUAGAAAAUAUAAAUUAUAGAAUAAUUGUUGACACCGUCAAGUGUGAUUCAAUUUGUAGACAUUUAUUGCCUUUACAUGUUUCUGUCAGGUGACCAUCUUCAGAAGGCAUAAGAUAAACAUGUUCAGGAACUACUGUUACAAAGUUUGUAAUACAUACAUAUAGGUUUUUAUACAAAACGUUAUUUACAAUUAUUUGGAUUAAAAUCUUAUUAAUGUCUAAUAUUUGAGAUCUUGAACUGAUGUGGUUUGUGUCCUUGUGCCUCUUCUGUUAAAACAGAAUGUUGGGGUAUUAUUUGGAGUCCUCAGGGGUCCUCUCAGUGAUGCCCCCCCCCCCCACAUUUUUUAGCUUGCUAUGGUUCUGCAAUUAUAUUUUAUAUAUAUAAUACCCAUAAUAUAAAUAGUCAUAUAUUAACACUGAUCACAUAUCUAUAUCCCACAUGUGGGAGUGCUGCUACUCAUGGAUCCAUUUGGACACAACUGAUGUGGAAAAUACAUGGUCACAUAACACUUCAAGCCAGCAUGUAGGUCCCUAUUGGUUAUACAGUGCAAAUUUUGAAGGAUAUUUUUUAUUUGUGCUCAUUUUAGAAGGUACCCAACAGAAUUUUAAGGCAUUUAUAGUGAUGUUAAAAAUAUUUUGAAGGUUAAGGUGGCAUGGUUAUCUGUGUUAAAUCUUGAAACAGUUCUCAGAGCAGAUGACAUGAAUUUAUUAUAGGCAUCUGGUGUAUUUUUAUAAUCAUCUGGAUAAUAGAACAUGAAGUUCAUUGCUGACUAUCUUUCCAGUUCAGAACACAGGAUCAUGGUUUUAUUUCAUUCUUCUGUGCUCUGUGGAUUUUGCAACAUAUAGCAUUUCAUUUAAGUAACUGUUGUAUCACUAAUUGAAUGGUCAAAAUAUAGCUUUAAAGAUUACAAGUCAUAUCUGAUAGAAUUUGCUGGACUCACUGCUUUCAGAGAACUACUUUGUUUAGACUCAAAGGAUCAUAUCUUUUCCUGUCUCUAGUCACUUUUUUUUUAUUCUGGACCUCAUAGAUCCUCUGUACCAUGCAGUUGAGGAUGCUGUCUAUAGGGCUGAGGUGUUCUUUUGUAGUCCACAUCAUUACAGAGAAGUUUCAGGUUUAAUAUACAAUUAUGCAAUCUGUUUUCAGAAAAUAACUGAAAUGGAACUAAUUAAAUACAUAUCAUGAUAAUCUUGCAGUUUGAUGAUGGAGGCUUCAGGCAUUGUCUCACUUCUGGUUCAGCAUUAGUUCAAAUCCCCUCCCCCAGUAGAGUUCAGCCUUCUGCAAAAUUAUGUUGUGUAUGAUUCAUGUCUGAGAAAAUAAUGCUGAUUGUGGUCAGAUAUGAAACAAAUUGAAGGCUUGGUUGCAAAUUACUGUAAUCAUGCUGAUUUUCAUGUUCUUAAAGAGGUUGCUUUAACACAAGGUUGGUCUUACUUGAGAUCACAAACAAAAGUUGAUAGAUUGCUUAGUUUACAGCAUUUGUGUAGGGUGUGGUAGUUAUGUCAUUCACAUUCCAGCUGAUGGAUAUGUAUUUCAUGAUUACCACCUGCAUUAGAUAAGAUUCAUUUCAUCACAACAGAUGGGUGUAGACAACCAAAUGUUACUUAUACUUAUAUAUCUACAAUUCACAUUCCAGCCAUAUUGCUUAGGAUAGUGCCACUGCUUGCAUAAUGAAUACCGUUUUAUCUUUUUGUUCAUGUACUUCAUUUUUAAUUGUUUGCUCUUCCAUACCUGUGUACCUUAGGAAUAAGAUACUUCCAAGUUUUUUGUAAGCAAUUGCAAAUUUCAAGAUUUAUUGUAACUUUCUUACUGUAAAGAACUUUUGUAUUAGUCCUAUGUGAACAAACAUUUUUUUAAUUUAGAAGUUAUUAAUGAAGUACUUAUAUACUAUAAUGGUGGUGUCAUACUGUUACUGCAGCAUACGCUAGGUUUGAUAAUAGAAGCCCUACAAUGGUGCUGAGAUAAACAUGCCAGAUGGCACACACUUCCCAAUCACAGGGUUUUAUGUUUACACAGUUGAAAGUAUUGAGCAUUUGUGCCAGGAAUCAGAGUGGCCAACAUAAACUAACAAUGCAUACUUUGAGUUUUGCUUUAAACUAGUGGGAACAGCUACAUGUCAAAGACUGAAUUUGGUGAUUAAGCUAUAUUUACUGUGAUUCCAUAUAAAAUGCUUGAAAGAUAUGAUUCAGUAGCACACAACCUGACUUGCCUGGCAGAGGGAAAUGGUUUGAUUUGAGAAAACUUGUAUGUGAUUAUCAUGGAAAUGUCAUAUGUCUAGGGUUGCUAAAUGUUUACUGACGAUAUGGAGAUACAGCAAGUUUGCUGCCCCAUGGUAUAGUUACAGUAUAUGUAGCCCAUUCCUUGCACACAUGUCACAGCUACUGUUUGACCCCUCUUCCUGUUUCCUGUGUGUUUACCAGCAGUGGAAGAAAGUUGUAAAUAAACAUAAAGGAACUAAAUCUGUUCAGUAUAAAUUAAUUCAUUGAGUGCUUUUGAAAAGCGGAUAUACUGGGACUCGGUAAAUUAAUAUAGGCAUGAAAUCUGUGUUGUCCAGAAUUAUUGAAAGCUUUAAUACUGAAAUUUUGAAUACUUUGUGCCCUGUGCUAGAAGCAGAAAUAGAUUUGACUUAAGAAAAUGAGUUUAAGUUUAAAUUAUAGAAACAGAUGUAUCUAAUUCCAGUGCCAGAAUGCACCAGUUGUGGUCAUAAAGCAGCACACAGGAAGGUGAUUUGUGCUCUGUUGGGAGCAUCAUGAAGAGGUGCCAAAAGACAAAGUGACAUGUGUUAAAGAGUUGUGUGAAUAAUAAUGAUUAUUACUGUGAUGUCAUAUAAUACAUAUGGUGCUAAUGAGUUUUUUUUAUGUUGCUGCUAUUUUGCUGAUGGGAUGUUUCGGCACCCCCAUUUUUUUUGUCUUGAUAUUUGUCAUGUCUGCAGUUUAUCUGAUGUGGUUUAUAACAGCAGUUCAUUGACUUGUGUAGCAGAGAUUUGUAAAGGG